ACACACACACACAAUAACAAUGUAUUCUACCCUAAUUUCGGCCGAGUAGAAGAAGAAAGCCACAGCCGUUCAGUGGUGAAUCAGUAUGUCAGAGAUGAAGAAGUCCUAUGAUCUAGAGCCUCUAUUAAAGGCGGCAUUUGCAACUGAAUCCCAGAUAGAAGGCUUUGCUUUGUCGGGGCGUUGUGGAAUAAGAAUAUCACGACAACAUACUAUUCAAGUUGGACAAGAGGAAAGUUCUAAGAUAUGUCACAGGGUUCCGAGGAUAUUUCGUAGGAAUCCAUCCAGCAACGAGGAUUGCUACAAUCCCCUUGUGGUAUCUAUUGGUCCUUACCACCACAACGAUGAUCCUAAUCAUGAGCUUGCUGAGAUGCAGAGCCUCAAGAAUGAAAUGGUGCAACAGUUUGCCAACGAGAGUGGGAAAACCAGGGAAGUCUUGUACAGUAAAGUGGAAGAAUUGGCCGUCUCUGCAAAGAAAUGCUAUGAUGAACGUUCAACAAAAGACUUGGGUGACAAGGCAUUCACGGAGAUGAUGCUCCUUGAUGGUUGCUUCAUUCUCCAAUUUAUCUUCUGCUUCUUGCACGAUUUUCAGAAUCUGAAGCUAAGUAAUCGAGUUCUUGCUUAUUUUGUUAAACGUGACUUGUUCUUACUAGAGAACCAAAUCCCUUACGAAGUUCUUAAGUCGUUGAUGAGCUUACGGUUUGGUGAUGCCGAAGGAAAGAAGCUGAUGGAAGAUUUCAUGGACGAUGUUCGUGGACUUCCCAGAGAUAAAAGUAGAGACAAGGAGAAUGGAAAGGGCUUGGAUUGCAGAUUUUGGUCAUGGCGACCAGCACCAAAGAUGAACAAUCAACCAGGUGAAAUACCUCAAGUACCAGGUGAAAUACCUCAACCAGUCCAUCUUCUUGACUUUUUUCACAACCGAUUCAUGGGGGGAUCAAGAGGCCAAGAAAAUCUCUCUCUAAAGGGUGAUGGUCAAUGGUCCUCGUAUCGUUCUGUCAUGGAGCUGAAGUCGGUGGGAAUCCACUUCAUGCCAAGCAAGACUGAUAUGUACACAGAUAUCCUAUACAAAUCAACAAUGCGUGGCGGAACAGUCACACUUCCUCGAAUAGUCAUAGACGACAGUACUAAGUCCUUGCUUUUAAACCUGAUGGCCCAUGAAGCAUGCCCUGGACCAGCUGAGGGGUUUGGGGUCACUUCUUACGUAUACUUCAUGGACUCAUUGAUUGAUCACCCUGAAGAUGUGAAAGAACUGCGGAAAAAGGGCAUAUUAUCCAAUGUUCUUGGAAGCGACCAAGAGGUUGCAGAUCUCUUCAAUGAAAUUUCCAGUUUCAUGGUGUUCGACCCUAAUGCUUACGGUAAUGUUAAAUCCAGUAUUGAGAAGCAUUGCAAGAAUGUCAUCAAGAAAUGGGCAGCAGAGUGGUUGAAUGAUCAUUUUAGCAGCCCUUGGACCUUUUUGGCAUUUUUCGGUGCAAUCUUUGCCCUCGUACUUACCUUCAUCCAGACCUAUAAAACACUAUACCCAGGUAACCAGUAAGAUUCCCUUCGGAGUUGAUGAUGCAUGCGACAGCUUCCAAUUUUCAAAUCCUAAAUUCCAUGUAGGUUUUUUAAUGGUACCUGAGACGUCCCUCAGUAUGAUACUACGUGUGUGCUUGUGUGUGAUUUUCUUUAAGUUAACUAGAGUGUGACUGUCAUGUAUUCAUUCUGUACCUCUUAUAUGAUUUCCCUAUCUUUGUCAAAUAAAAACCUGUUUAUGUGGUUCAAAAAUAA